AUGUCUCAGAUUCUCAACCUCUAUUUCCUUGCAUGUCUCCUAUGGGGCUUACUAGCUGUGGCGGACUUGACCACGCAGGACGUCGGUUCUCGAGCUAUUUACACCUGCACAGUUCCCGCGAACAAUAAUGGCACCGACGAUUCGCCAGCCAUCUUAGCUGCAUUCAAGGAAUGCCGCAAGGGCCGUCGAAUUGUGUUUUCGAAUACGACAUAUCACUGGAGCAACGACACCAAGUACUGGUUGAGCCACCCUCAACCGACUGGUUUCCAGAAUGGUUCUGCAGCUUGGUUCCUAGGCGGCAAGAAUGUCACCGUAGAUGGUUUCGGCUAUGGAACUUUGGACGGCAAUGGCCAAGUCUGGCAAUCGAACUACCCAGAUCGUCCUCACGCUUUGGCCAUUUGGAAAGCCACAGACAUGACGGUUCGCAACCUUCGGAUGGUUCAGAGUCAAAUGUGGACUAUGACAAUCAUGUGGUCAAAGAACGUCCUCUUUGAUGGGAUCUACAUCAACAGUACAUCUAGCAAUGGCUACCCUGCCAGGAACACCGACGGAGCAGACACGAUCAACUCAGAUCACAUCACGUUUCGUAACAUGUACAUUCGCAAUGGCGACGAUGCCAUUGCCCUGAAGGGUAAUUCCACCAACAUCUUGAUCGAGAAUUCGACCCUCGACCGCUCCCUUGGAAUCGCAUUUGGAAGUCUUGGACAGUACAAGGGUGUAUUCGAAAGAGUUGAGAAUGUUACUGUCCGUCGAAUCAAAGGGCUAAAGACUCGAUAUGGUGCUUAUGUCAAGACUUGGACCGGCGAUCAGGUGUCGUACCCACCUAACGGCGGCGGCGGAGGUAUCGGAUACCUUCGAAAUGCAACAUUAAGUGACUUCAACUUGACUCAAAUACAGCAAGUGCCAUUUGUCAUCGGCCAAUGCACAAGCUACAGCGGUGAAAAAGGAGACUGUGAGAGCAGCACGUUCAAGAUAUCCAAUAUGACGAUUCGCGGCUGGGUCGGAGAUGGAGCAUCAAGUUACGUCGCAGAUAUGGAUUGCAGCAAAGCGGCUGGGGGCUGUGAUAAUAUCACCAUCGAAAAUGUCGGCUUGACCAUCACCACCACGGGCGAUGCCGUUGCGAAAUAUCGAUGUAGAGACGUCACCUCAGUACAAGGUUUCACUUGCACCUGA